GCUGCAGUACUUUGGGUGAGUUSYAGUGCWGUUUUAUUGCCCAUGUGCAGAAACCUGCUUACACUUUUACGAACAUGGCUACAUAAGUUUCCAAUACAAGGCUUGAAAAGACUACUCGAUGAGAAUGUUGGAUUUCAUAAAAYAUGUGCCUUUAUCACGRUAGCGGCCUCAGUGAUACAUACUAUAGCCCAUUUAAUAAACGCAGAAAACUUCUCUAAACACUAUAAUCAAGACUAUGCAGAUUUAAACUUUGCUAAGUACAAAGAUCAGAUUGGUACAUCUAUGCCAGUAUUAAGGAGAAGUUCUUACGAAGUGUUUUGGUAUUCGCAUCAUUUCUUCAUUGCAUUUUACAUUCUUCUUGCUGUUCAUGGACUGGGAGGUGUGGUCAAAAGGCAGGUUAACCUUCGUAGGCACCCCCCUGGUUGUACAAUGUAUCGUGACGUGAACAUGACGUCAUAUAACAAUACCAAAGCAUGCCUCGAGCCAUGCAAAUUCCAGGCAGACGAAGCACAGGCGUGGAAGUUUCUAAUUGUUCCUGUGUGUCUGUAUUUCCUGGACAGAAUGGUUAGAGUAAUAAGAAACCAACAGGAAGUAGAGAUCAUCAAGGUCGUAAAACAUUCCUGCGACGUAGUGGAAUUAAGAAUGAAACUGAAGGGUUUUCAAGCUCAACCAGGACAAUACGUUUACAUCCGAUGCCGUGACAUAGCACUGUUUGAAUGGCAUCCAUUUACUUUAACUAAGUGUCCCACAUUUGACAAUAAGGUAUUUGCAGUACAUUUUAAGAUAUCUGGAGAUUGGACAAAAAAGUUUGCAAAGAAGCUGUCAAAAGUUAAAGACACCUCUCUUCCAUUGCCGGUCUGCAGUACUAUCGAAAAGACAUGCAUAGUUAACGUGCCUGCUCACGUGAGGAUCAAUGUGGAUGGCCCUUAUGGAAGCCCAUGCAUGGAUAUCUGUCAGUAUGACGUCAGCUUGUGUAUCGCGUCUGGUAUAGGAGUCACUCCAUUUGCAGCAGUUAUUAGCAGUGAUAGAGUACAAGAAACACUUACCACCAAUCGCACAAAACUGCGACGUUUAUACUUUGUGUGGGUGUCUCGCGACGCGAUGUCGUUCGGUUGGUUUACCRAUGUUCUCUACACCACACAUCAUCAGCUGUGGAAGACAAAUCGUCCAGAUUUUCUUGUUUGUUGCUUCUACUCAACUAAACGACAUACACAGCUACCUUAUAAGUCAUGUACCAAGGGUUGUGCUGGCUCGUGGCUACGAGCAAGACUUACUCAAGGAAGGCCAGACUGGCCGAAAAUAUUCAGACGAGUAGCCAAUGAAAACCCGAGGUCUACGAUAGGCGUUUUCUUCUGUGGCACAAAAAACAUUUCUUCAAAGUUGAGAAAUCUCUGUCGAAGACGAAACAAGACAAACUCGACUUUUGUUUUCCACAAAGAAACU